AGAAGCAUCUAUUUUUUUGUUGGACAUUUUGAGAACCUACAACAAAAAGGAUGGGGAAACCCGUCACAUUUUAUGUUGUAGCAAUGCUGUUUCUUCAUGCUAGUGAUAUGACUACGGCACAAGCUAAUUUCGUGCCGUUUGGGCAUGGAGACGUAGUAAACCCCAUUUCAGAUGAUGGAAGCUCUGAAGCCAUUUACUUGCAGCAGCCUUUCAAAUACUUUGGACGUGUAUACAAUCAGAUCUAUGUGAACAACAAUGGUCACUUGACAUUUACUCAACCACUAUCUGCCUUCGUCCCUUACCUGAACACUGGAAUAGACAUCAUUGCUCCUCUAUGGACUGACCUUAAAAAUGUAAAUGGUGGAACAAUCUCCUAUAGAGAGGAUACAAGCAGUGCUGUACUAGAACAAGUCACUGAAGCUGUUCACCAAUAUUUCCCAAAUGUGCCUUUUACUGCUUCAUCAGCCUUUGUGGCUACCUGGGACCGUGUGCCGUACUACACGGGGGGAGGGUCGGCAACUUUCCAAGUGGUUUUAGUCUCCAAUGGUGAACGCUCUUUCAUCCUGAUCAACUAUGGUGAUAUUGCAGAAACAGGACAAGUUUGGCUGGCUGGUUAUGACACAGUGGACUCUGUCAAUUCUUUCACACUUCCAGCGGCCAGUGCCCCAGAACUCUCAUCCAGCAGUAAUAUCAAUGUGGAUGGUCGCUGGUCUUUCCGCGUUGAUGAAUCGGCAUACACUAAUUUCCUGCCAUUUGGGGAUGGAGACAUAGUAAACCCCAUUUCAGAUGAUGGAAGCUCUGAAGCCAUUUACUUGCAGCAGCCUUUCAAAUACUUUGGACGCGUAUACAAUCAGAUCUAUGUGAACAACAAUGGUCACUUGACGUUUACUCAACCACUAUCUGCCUACGUCCCUUACCUGAAUGCUGGAAUAGACAUCAUUGCUCCUCUAUGGACUGACCUUAAAAAUGUAAAUGGUGGAACAAUCUCCUAUAGAGAGGAUACAAGCAGUGCUGUACUGGAACAAGUCACUGAAGCUGUUCACCAAUAUUUCCCUAACGUGACUUUUACUGCUUCAUCAGCCUUUGUGGCUACAUGGGACAGUGUCCCGUACAUCACUGGUGGAGGGUCGGUCACUUUCCAAGUGGUUUUGGCCUCCAAUGGGGAACGCUCUUUUAUCCUGAUCAACUAUGGUGAUAUUGCAGAAACAGGACAAAUUUGGCUGGCUGGUUAUGACACAGUGGACUCUGUCAAUUCUUUCACAAUUCCAGCGGCCAGUGCCCCAGAACUCUCAUCCAGCAGUAAUAUCAAUGUGGAUGGUCGCUGGUCUUUCCGCGUUGAUAGAUCGGCAUACUCUAAUUUCCUGCCAUUUGGGGAUGGUGAUGUAGUAAACCCCAUUUCAGAUGAUGGAAGCUCUGAAGCCAUUUACUUGCAGCAGCCUUUCAAAUACUUUGGACGCGUAUACAAUCAGAUCUAUGUGAACAACAAUGGUCACUUGACGUUUACUCAACCACUAUCUGCCUACGUCCCUUACCUGAAUGCUGGAAUAGACAUCAUUUCUCCUCUAUGGACUGACCUUAACAAUGUAAAUGGUGGAACGAUCUCCUAUAGAGAGGAUACAAGCAGUGCUGUACUGGCACAAGUCACUGAAGCUGUUCACCAAUAUUUCCCUAACGUGACUUUUACUGCUUCAUCAGCCUUUGUGGCUACAUGGGACAGUGUCCCGUACAUCACUGGUGGAGGGUCGGUCACUUUCCAAGUGGUUUUAGCCUCCAAUGGGGAACGCUCUUUCAUCCUGAUCAACUAUGGUGAUAUUGCAGAAACAGGACAAAUUUGGCUGGCUGGUUAUGACACAGUGGACUCUGUCAAUUCUUUCACAAUUCCAGCGGCCAGUGCCCCAGAACUCUCAUCCAGCAGUAAUAUCAAUGUGGAUGGUCGCUGGUCUUUCCGCGUUGAUGGAUCGGCAUACUCUAAUUUCCUGCCAUUUGGGGAUGGAGACAUGGUAAACCCCAUUUCAGAUGAUGGAAGCUCUGAAGCCAUUUACUUGCAGCAGCCUUUCAAAUACUUUGGACGCGUAUAUAAUCAGAUCUAUGUGAACAACAAUGGUCACUUGACGUUUACUCAACCACUAUCUGCCUACGUCCCUUACCUGAACGCUGGAAUAGACAUCAUUGCUCCUCUAUGGACUGACCUUUUCAAUGUAAAUGGUGGAACGAUCUCCUAUAGAGAGGAUACAAGCAGUGCUGUACUGGAACAAGUCACUGAAGCUGUUCACCAAUAUUUCCCUAACGUGACUUUUACUGCUUCAUCAGCCUUUGUGGCUACAUGGGACAGUGUCCCGUACAUCACUGGUGGAGGGUCGGUCACUUUCCAAGUGGUUUUAGCCUCCAAUGGGGAACGCUCUUUCAUCCUGAUCAACUAUGGUGAUAUUGCAGAAACAGGACAAAUUUGGCUGGCUGGUUAUGACACAGUGGACUCUGUCAAUUCUUUCACAAUUCCAGCGGCCAGUGCCCCAGAACUCUCAUCCAGCAGUAAUAUCAAUGUGGAUGGUCGCUGGUCUUUCCGCGUUGAUAGAUCGGCAUACACUAAUUUCCUGCCAUUUGGG